CCAGCUCAGUGUACGCGCAGGAGCCAUUUAACCAGAACUUGACACGCCUGCUGCCAGAAAUUACAUCUGUUUCAUGCACCCAUCUUUUCGUCAUCUCGAGAAGCGGUGCGCGUGUCCACAUAGUUGCGGUGCCACGCGCGCUCUGCAGCCGUAAUAUCCUGUUGCGCCCGUAUUGGCGCAUUUACGGUAUUUUAAUUUGCAAUGGGAGGGAUCACAGGGCCCCAUACCGCUCUCAUUGUCACUACGGCUCUCCUCACACUAAGGGCAUUAGUGCCGCUCAGCAGUCUGAACCUCCAGGUAAGGUCCUAACCGCCUUUUUUCCCUUUUUUUAUUUUUUACUGGGACGCGAUUCUCUUUGACGACUCAAACCAAGGAGCCGCUGCCUCGCCCCCUCCCUCGUGCCGUUUUUGCCGGAAUCACUCCCCCACCUCGCCAGUUCUGAGCAGACACAUCAGCUCGGCUCUUGUCAGUUGCAUUGAUCCGUGAAAACAGCUCUUAAGCUCAGCUACAACAGGUGACCCGUCCCCUCCCGGGUUUCCCAGCAGGCAGUCAUGGCAGACGGUCGGCAGCCAGAGGACCACUGGGCCCCAAACGGCCAGGAGAAUGGCGAGAACGGCUACUCCGCCUACAGCUCCGGCUACAGGGAGAACGGAUACCACGGCGGGGCAGCUGCGCAUCCUGGGACGACAGUGGAUGACUCAGCCAAUUUGCCUCCCUCCCCUCCCCCCUCUCCAUCCGCUGAGCAGACUGGGCCCGUGGCACAAGCCCAGCCCGAGGAGACUAUCGGCAAGGCAUCUUGUGAGUCCAGUGUGAAAGAAGAUGAACCUCAGAAACAGGUGGUUGCUGAAAGAGAAAAACCUGAAGGAGAAGAACUUGAUUCAAAUCAACCUCCGCUUCCUUCUGUGAAAGAGAAAGAACCCUCCGACACCUCCUCAAAUGCACAAGAUAAUCAAGGCAGAAAGGAUUUAGUGGAAGAGCCUGAAGUGAGAGAAAUGCCUGUGGAGUCUAAAGCAAAAGAACCUUUACUUACAGAUGAGUUAUCAAAAGAAAACCAGGAAAAAACUGGAACGGUCGAGGCAACAACUAAGGAAGGUCAAGGUAGCGGUGGUGACGUUACAUUGCAAGAAACAUCAGUGGCUAGCAUUCAGCAUGUCACAGAAACCAUGGAGGCAAGUCCUGAACUUGGUGUAGAGUUGAAAGCCACAUCAGAUAUUUUUGUAGAGCAUGAGCCACAAUCAAAAACAUAUUUUGAGACAUCAUCAGCAUCAAAAAGCGAAGAACAGCAGUCCCCACAAACCCAGAGCUACUAUGAACUCAGCACAACAGCAGAGACAAAAUUAGGCGAAGUGGAGCAAGAGCUUAAGGAAGAAUCUGAAAAAACUCUCUCCUUGAACACUGCUGCAGCGGGGCAACCAGAAAAGGGAGAAAAAUCAAGAACCUUCUCAGAAAGGUUGAGUCCGAUCAGUGGAAGUGUUGAUGAAUCAGAGGUUUACCCUACAGCUUUGUCUGUGGACCUUCCCCCAGCUGUGUCUGUUACCCCAACUCAAACUGCAUCACCUAAUGAUUUCCCCACUAUGGCUGAAGCGCCCGCAGUUUCUGAUAAACACACAUCUGGUUUCGAACAAUCUGGAAGUCUCUCUGAGAUGUUGGACCUGGCUGGUGCCCUGCCUCGCCCAUCCUUUGAGAGAAGAGAAAUCGACCACAUGAGAAGAAAGUCAGUCCCCGCCAAUGUAUCAACUUUAGUGGGGAGCUCUUUGGCCAAGCUUUCCUUGGCAGACCACACCCCAAGAGUGGUGGCAAAAGAAAGCCAGUUGGAGGAACUUGGCUACUGCGUCUUCAGUGAGUACGCAGGGCCCAUGCCUUCGCCUGCGGAUGUACCAAGUCCCGGAGAUUCUCCACAUCAGCGUUUCCCUCCCAUGGAGGGUGAAGUAGAGGAGGAUCUUGGAGUCUUGGGAGUUAAAGGUGUUCAAAAAGGCAUGCAACAACAUGAUCAUAAAGAAACAGCGCUUGAUAUCUCUCAAAAAGCAUCGCUGGAAAAGAAGGAUUCGCCAGUCAAAACCUCUCUGAUUCUUGAAAAAGCUGUGACAAGUGGACUGAAACCAGAUCGCCUUAGAAUCCCAAUGACUACGCCGAAAGACCGACUGACUGAAUUCCGUUUGGAGACUGGCCUGCCUGGAGACAUUAAGAUCCAAGCAAUCCCUGAGGUAGAUGUUGAAAGAGAUCCCUCAAGAGAAGCUUCUCCCAUCCCACCAGACAGUUCUUUUACUUUCACUCCAGUAGAAACCGGAAACAAGCCACCCCCUACUCCGACAACCCCAAAGUCCCCAGUUGAUAAACCCUUAGAAACCCAAGUCAGUGAAGAGCUUGCAAGGGAAGUUGUCUCAGAUGUUCUGGACUCUGAGAAGGUUGAUAAUAAACUGAUUGACAAGGGAAGGUUGAAAUCUGAGCAGGAAGUAUUUAAAGAAACAAGUGAUAAAUCAGAAAUGCCAAGCAGAGACACGCCUCCAGAAUUAUCUCAGCCUUUAGAAGAAAGCACAGAAGAAGAAGACAAGAAGGUUGAAAAUGGGCAGGGGACCCCUGCAAAAUUAGAAGGAUUAGAAAAGCAAGAGACACCAAAUGUCUCUCAGGAUUCUAGCACUGAAAAGCCCUUCUAUGAGAAACGUGCCCAAAUGCAGUUACAAGAAGUACCUCCAGCACCAAAGCCACAAAUAUCUUCUCCAAUUAUCAUUAUACCUCAGGCACAUGUAGAUGAGGAAGCAGAGGAUGAGGAUGAUAUUGAGAUUGCGGAAGAGCCUCAAGAGAUAAUGGAAGAAGCUGAAGAGCCUCCGUGUCCCGGGAGUGAUCAAGCAAAAGAAUGUCAAAUUGAAGAAGGUAAGAAGGAAGAGCAGAAGAAAGAGCAAGUAAGGCUGAUGGUGGAUGAUCAGCUGCUGGAUGAUGACCCCAAGUCUGGAGCAGAAGAUUGGAGUCACAGUGCCCAAAACAGUGACGACGGGGAACCUGCGACAGACAGUUCACACUUAUCUCCGUGUUCUGACCAUGACCUGCCACAGCAAAUAGAGGGAGCAGGCAGAGAUGAAGACCCAGGAGUGGUUAAAACAGAAGAGGACCUAGCGAUAGAUAAGGUGGAAGAAAAGGAAGAGGAAGGAGUAAAUAAAUGCCCAGAGAGGGAGAAGGAAGAGGAGGACAUCAGUGUUGGUGGAGAGGAGGAGAAGAAAAUGUUGGAGGAAGACUAUGUAGGGAAGGAGAAGAUGGGGGAGGAGGAUGAAGUUGAAGAGACCUCUGAUGUGCUCAUCCAGACCGGUCAGGUGACUAACGAUGAAACCACCAUGGACACGUCAGUCCUAGAUACAGACAGUGGCUGGAUGGAUUCACAAGAUGAUGACAAAAGUAUCAUGACAGAGCAAAUCGAAGCGCUUCCUCUGACCCAGAGUUCUACCAGUACACCGGUGGUGGUGGUGGACAGACCCGCUAGACGGGCCCCUGGCAGAGGGAGGGGCCACCCUAGCACCACUGAUUGUAAAGUGUUCCGCAAAGUACCCAGCCACCAUCUGCCGAGAGAGGAGAUGAAAAAGAAAAAAGUAGGCAUGAGGAGGGCUGAUCAGAAUAAGGUGUCAGCCCUCCAAAGUCGCUCUCCAUCUCGAAAGAGCGUAGCCAAAGUGGCGGCCAGACACCCUAGGCCUGCUCCGCUUCACGGCUCUGCUAGACGCAAGGCCACAGGUAUAGAACACCAUCAGCCUCUCAGCGUGGCCCACCAGUCCAGGGAGAGAACCACUGAGAGGGCGUACCGCAGCCCUGAGAAGAGGUCAUCCCUCCCCAGGCCGGCCAAGUCUCUGACUCGCCACAUCCCCGCUGCUGAACAGGAAGACAACAGCACCCCCUCCAGGCCGACCUCGAUCCGAACCGAGUACAGAGCGGACAGCAGGUCUGGAAGAGCUGGUAGCAUGGCAGGUACAGACUCUGCGCGUUCCCGAUCGGUCCGUAGUGGUGCCUCCACCCCGGGCUCCACCGCCGUCACGCCGGGGACGCCCCCCAGCUACUCCUGCCGCACCCCGGGCUCGCGAACCCCGGGCAGCCACACGCCCAAGUCCUUCAGCGUCCUCCAGGAGAAGAAGGUGGCGGUGAUCCGGACCCCACCCAAGUCCCCGUCGUCCGCCCAGCGGCAGCUGAAGGUUCUCAAUCAGCCCCUGCCUGACCUGAAGAAUGUAAAGUCCAAGAUUGGGUCCACCUCUAAUCUCAAACACCAGCCAAAGGGAGGACAGGUUCAAAUUUUAAGCGAGAAGCUGGACUUCAGUCAUGUUCAGUCAAAGUGCGGCUCCAAGGAUAAUCUGAAGCACACGCCCAAAGGAGGCAAUGUCAUGAUUCCAAGUGUUAAGCUGGACUUUAGCCACGUACAAGCUAAAUGUGGCUCCCUGGACAAACUCCAGCACACGGCAGGAGGGGGAAACGUCCAGAUCCAGACGAAGAAGAUCGACUUGAGCCACGUCACCGCCAAAUGUGGCUCCAUGUCCAACAUUCGCCACAGACCAGGGGGAGGUAACAUCCGUAUUGAGAAUGUGAAGCUGGACUUUAAAGAUAAGGCCCAAGCUAAGGUCGGCUCCCUGGACAACGCCACCCACACUCCUGGAGGAGGGAACAUUAUGAUCGAGAGCCACAAGCUGUCCUUCCGGGAAACAGCCAAAGCUCGGGUGGACCAUGGCGCCGAAAUCAUUGUCACCCACUCCCCUGGCAUUGAGACGGGAGGCACCUCUCCUCGGAUGUCUUCUGCCGGCAGCAUGAACCUCCUGGAGUCACCCCAGCUCUCCACGCUGGCCCAGGAUGUCACCGCUGCCCUGGCCAAGCAGGGCUUAUGAGCCGGCUGCCUCUGCUAAAGAUACCCUCGAAAAUCCACAUCACUCCAUGUCCCAUCACUCAUAAGCGUGCAGUGUUGCCCCCUCCACACCCCGCCAGGCCCUUCACUCCAACUCCCACAGGUUCUACAGUUGUCGUUGAUUGGCUGCCUCGUCCGUCAACAACCUUUCCAGCACUUCCAGUGGGAUUUUAAAAACUGAAUUCUUCAAAAAUCUUCAUUCCCUCCCUUAAACGGGCCACCUCGUGUCGCUCUUAAUUUUCGUUCGCUGUUCACUCAAAUAUGGACUUUUUGGUUUCGUUUUAAAUCAGCUGAAGGUUUGAGUGGAUGUGUUUGUCUAAGAUGGUGGUUUUAAGAUUGUACAGUGUUUUCUUUUUUUAUUUGUGUGUGUGUGAAAAGUAUCACCGCAUUCCACUUGCACGAGGUUCAUGUUUGAGGGUGAACUUACGCAUAACGUCCAUUCAGAAUUUACAUGGUACUGGAUGCAAGGUAUAGCUACUAGAUAGUAGAUGCUAGUCUUAAAAGAUUGUUUGAUGGACUUAACUUACAGAAACACGGCGUGUAACUGAUCUGUGUAACGAAUGGCUGAUGAGCAUGUCCGCUAAAAUAUGACGUUUUAAGUCAAACAUUUUCUUCGUUCGUUGGAUUUCAAUCCUAUGAUUUCCUGAUAUGUGCUGAAUUGUUGGAUAAAUUGUGUUGUUUUCUUUUUAUAAAUGUCACUGUAGUGGAAGUCGUUCCGGUUUUGUACGUUCCCUGUGGCUGCUCUGGCUUAUUAGCAUUUAAAUGUCGAUAACCACCGCAGUUAUGUCAAGUCAGGCGCUAAAAAAGGCUAGCUUUCCAAUAGACUUUUCUUUCUUGUUAUCCCGCAAACCAAUGGGCUGCCCUUUUUCGUUUUGGUUCUUACGUUAGCGCUGUGGUUUUAUUAGGCUACAACAAUGCUGUUAUGCUGGCAUGGCAAAUCAAUGAUAAAUAAAUUAGAUCUAUUUGAAGCUAUCUUAAACUUUUCAGUGUGAGUGUAAAUGGUCAGGGUGCAUUUUAGAGCAGAUUCUUUAAGGUCAAUGCAAAAAAAAAAAAAAACCUUGUGACCUUUUCUCCUUUUGCAAACUGGGUUGUACGAUGUACUUGGAUGAAUAAAGGGCCUUAAGUUUGUUUGGAAAAAAAAGUGUUAAGUGUGAAGCUUUAUAUGAAAACAUUCCAUUUGAAAGAGCAGCUAGCCCGUGGCCCAUUUCUGUGAUUGAGCCGGUGUUGGCUGUUUUGAAAAGGGACAAAAUCAUAAACGACAAAGAGAUAAAGAAUCGGAGAAACCCACGAUUUGCAGCUGUUAGAAUUUUUUUAAAGAAAAAAAACUGUUCUAGCAUAUUCUCUGCUCACUUCUGUGAAACUCCUCUUCCCCCUCCUUCUCGUCCCCUGAUGUUUUUUCUGUGCUUCCUAUGCUCCCGCCUCUCUCCCACCCUUCUUUGCCUGUGUAAGUGUAUUUAAAAGACCAUGACGUAGAUGUGUGCACACUUUCCGAUGUUUGAGAUGUAAUGAUGACAAAUGCUCCGACAGGAUGAUGACGACAAAAAUAAAGAAAAUAAAAACUG